CCGGACCGGCUCGGAGACACGAGUACUGUACAGUACUUGUACGAAGACUAUUCAAGUCCUCUUAUUGGUCACACCUGGAGCCGCACCAUACCAAAAACAAAUAUAUCAAACACCCUCCGCAGCUAGAGUUGCGACGACAACGACAACGAACGGUUUCUUCACUGAGCCGUCAGUUUGCUUGUGCUCUCAAGAUAUCUGACCUCCAAAAUCCUUAUCACUUCGUCUGAUAGGGCAAUUUAUUAUUACUAUCUUUAUUAUCUAUUAUUGUUUUUAAUUUGACACAAUUUCCGUCUCUAGGAUCCACCCGGCUGAGGUAACCAACUACAGGGUAUAUGAUAACUUUAAUGGAUCCACAAGCAACAGCUUUCUCCCACCGCAAACAUUCAUACCUCCACUCUACUCCACUCCACAACCAUCCACAUCUUCUCUUUCUCCCCACUACUCUCCCCCAGAGAGAUACCGCCACUGCUCCAUCUAUUCCGGCUGGUUCUGAUCACUUCCGUUUGCGCAUCCACACAAAUCAGGCACCCAUCAAUACUCUCCAAAUGUCGCUUUGCGUUAACCGACUUCAAGAAGAGCGUAAGCAAUGGCGCAAGGAUCACCCCUUCGGUUUCUAUGCGAAGCCCGCGAAAACUCCUCAAGGCGGUCUUGAUCUGAUGAAAUGGAGCUCUGGAUAUGAUAUUUCCCGAAGGCAAGCGAUUACCCACUGGCCUCAUUUAUAUGAAUACCCGACGAAGCCCCCAAAAUGCAAGUUCGUGCCACCUCUCUUCCACCCCAACGUCUACCCUUCCGGUACCGUUUGCCUUAGCAUCUUGAACGAGGACGAAGACUGGAAGCCCGCCAUCACUAUUAAACAAAUUCUCUUGGGUAUUCAGGAUCUUCUCGAUGACCCAAACCCUGAGUCGCCAGCACAGGCGGAUGCCUAUAAUUUGUUCAGGAAGGAUCGCCCUGCAUACGAGAAAAAGAUCAAGUACAUUGUUCGAGAAAACCCGGCUCCCUGAGCUUCGCAUUAGAUUCAAGCGCCCGGAGUAUCGGAUACCACGGGGAAUGUUCAUCGGGGGGAGGGGGGGGGUGAUUGGCGGGUCACGUAUCAACAUUUUUUUCAAAUGGUCAUCUUUGAGGCAAACACUCUAGUCAAGUUAGCAAAAACAACGGUUUGAAUGGAUCGCUUGCACCUUAGCCCGUUAGGGGUUUUCUAUUAUGAUCCAAUUUCCGGUUUCUAAGCUCCUUUGUGUCCUUAUCCACCUUUGCCUCUCUGCCUGUUCAUGUAUUAUAUGACUACCUGCUGCUCCCCAUCACAUAUAUAUUUCUUUUUCUUCUACUCUUGUUCUCUAUAGGUGGAUUAAAGGGUGGAGCAACAUCUCAAAGUAGCCACGGGGUCGCUAGGCUUAGUUUAUGUUGUGCAUUAAAUUAUCUACCUUUUCAACGUCUUUUAUUA